GGGACAAAAAUACAAUAUCAAGCAAGUGACACACAAUCGAGCAAUCAACAUCAAAAUCAAAUUCAAAUUCCACAAAGAGAGCAGAUAAAUAGUAUAUAGUUUUUUUUUACACAAUGUUUGGUGUGCUAGGAGGAGCAGGACUCCGACUCCUGACCCUGCCACUGCUUGGCGGUCUACGUGUCCCUCAGAACCCAGCGAUGAGUCGGCGCACCAAGCUGGAUGCCUGCAACAUGUACGACAAGAUUAAGUUUGAGUUCACCGCGGAGAACAAGGCCCGAGUCGACUCGCUGCUCACUUGGUAUCCGGAAGCGGAGCGCCAGGGGGCGCUGCUGCCACUGCUGGACAUUGCACAGCGCCAGUACGGCUGGCUGCCCAUCACGGCCGUUGUGGCAGUCGCCGAGCGACUGAAGAUCGAUCCGAUGAAGGCCUACGAGACGGCCAAGUACUACACAAUGUUCCACAUGAAGCCGUUCGGCAAGUUCGUGGUCUCCGUGUGCACCUCCACGCCCUGCUAUCUGCGCGGCGGCGACGAUCUGCUGAAGGCCUGCUCGAAGAUGCUGCGCCUGCAGCCAGGCGAGACCAGCAAGGACAUGCAGUUCACGCUGAAGGCCGACUGUUGUCUGGGCGCCUGUGUCAACGGGCCCGUGGCGAGCGUCAACGAUGACCUCUACGAGGACCUCAACGAGGUGAGCUUCGAGGCGAUUUUGAGUGAUCUGAAGUGCGGCAAGGUGCCGCCCGCAGGACCCUGCACCGGACGCUGUUCCAGCGAACCGUUAGAUGGGCCCACCACACUGCUGAUCGACCCACCGCCAGCCGGCUACAUGAUGCGUGACCUGGAUGAUCCUGGCAAGAAAUGCAAGUAGCCUCGUCCAGGCUGCCUCCUUCAUCCUGCAUUCAGUCUUAAAGCAAUAAAUUUCGAUUGCCAUUGGCAACGUGGCAACGGCAAAGAAA